CACCUCUCUCCCCUUUUUCCCCGGGCCGCUCUCUAUUCCUUCGAUCGCUUUCCCUCAUAUCUCCUGGAAUCCUUUCAUGUGCUGCUUGCCUUGUGUGUAGUGUAGUCUAGUGUAGUAUGUGGUGUGUGUGUGUGUGUGUAUAUAUAUACAAUACGUGAACUCAACCACACCCACACACCCUUCACCUUCAAAAAGCAAGCAAAGGAAGCUCUUUCAUGCCAAGAACACAUACCUCCUGCUUUUUUCAGUUUCCUUCCUCUACUGCAAACCUUCCUACACUCUGCCUCUGCUGCUAGCUCAUAGCAUCCUCCUUCCUUGGCCGUCCUGCUGCUGGCUCCUCUUGCUUGCCUCUGCCAGCCAUGGCGGUGGUGGCCACCGAGACGCCGUUCCAUGUCCUGGCCGUGGACGACAGCCUCCCGGACAGGAAGCUCAUCGAGAGGCUCCUCAAGACCUCUUCCUUCCAAGUAACCACUGUCGAUUCCGGGAGCAAAGCCCUGCAGUUCUUGGGGAUCCACGACGACGACGCCAGCACGGUCUCUGUUCACGCGCACCAGCUGGAUGUGGCGGUGAACCUGAUCAUCACGGACUACUGCAUGCCCGGCAUGACAGGGUAUGAUCUGCUAAAGAAGAUCAAGGAAUCGUCGUCUCUUAGAGAUAUCCCGGUCGUGAUCAUGUCGUCUGAGAACAUCCCUUCAAGGAUCAAUAGAUGCCUGGAGGAAGGAGCGGACGAGUUUUUCCUAAAACCAGUGCGGCUAUCAGACAUGAGCAAGCUCAAGCCCCACAUACUGAAAAGCAGAUGCAGGGAGCACUCCCAGCAGGACCAGGAACAACAGCACCAGCAGAGUGACAGCAACAGCAACGAUUGCAGUAACCCCACGAACAAGAGCCACAGCGAUAGCAGCCGAAAGCGAAAGGCAGAGGACAACGAGGAAAUUUUGCCCCAGAAAAACAGACCAAGGCACAGUUAGCUGCAGACUGAUUAUAGGACAAUUAACCCCCUCUUUUUUUCCCCCUUUCUCUUUGUUCUUUCUUUUACGUAGCCUUUGGCCUACUGAUUUGUAACACAGAUGUUUGCCACUGAUUUGCAAAAUAUAAAGGAAUCCAUAACUGGAUACUGCUUGAUUCAAAUCAAGUGAUUUUGCAACA